AUGAUGAUCAAGACUGCAUUGCACAUCUGCCUGUCUGCACAGGGCAGACCAUUUCGACUUCCUUUUCCGAGACACUGCGGGGAGCAGGCCAAGAGAGCGAGAUAUUUACCAAAACUUCGUCAAGUGAAAAUGGAAAAAAGGUGGCUCUUCUCCCUCUUUUGUUUGCUCUCGGUGCCCAGCGUUGCAGGCCAGCCUGAAGUCUUUACACAAACAGAAGUGGUCCACGCUUUCCCGGGUACUGACGUGAGCCUGGCAUGCACCUUUCCAAAACCACAGACCACCCACAUAAUACAGAUGCAGUGGUCUAAGACCGAUGACACCCAGCUUACCAGAAUAGCCGUUCAUCACCCCAUUUAUGGCACCCAUUACUUCGUGUUUCCUGAGGCUUCUUACAACUUUUCAGUGUCCUUCAGCACAAGGAAGUGCUGUGACUGGGAUGCUACAGAGGAUUUGUGUUCUUCUGAUCCAAAAAUCACAUCUGAGUGUAAUGAAUGGGCUCUGCAUCUGAAAAAUGUUACCAUCUCCCUUAGUGGGCAGUACGAGUGCAGUUUUGCUACUUACCCAUAUGGGACAAAGGCUGCAAAAAUUCAACUUAUUGUCAAGGCAGAAGAGGAGCAGCACUACGUGAAGGAAGUGCAGUUAAACCAGACUUUAGAAAUUCCAUGCCUUGAGGACGUGACCUCAGAAAAUUUGUUCAAUUAUCCUUUGAAAUGGCUAGUGGGGGAAAAUGGCAAGAAAGAGGAACUUGUGACCAAGGAGCCCUCCUGUCCUGCAGUCAAAAUCACGGAUGAUGGUAGGGUGUUUUCCUGCCACGUGAUGUACCAUCCGGAGAGAGUCCAGAAGAGCAGCACCACCGUGAGAGUAUUCGCCUACCCUGAGAUCUCUGUUAGCUUGCAGGAGGGCUCAGCUGGCACCUCGCAGAAGCCCAACGUGAGCUGCGUCGUGAGGAAGGCAUUUCCCAAGCCAAGCCUCCGGUGGUAUGUGGACAGAGCAAGCCUGACGGAGCAGCGUGGAGAAAUUUCUGUUGAACAAGAAGACUUGCAAGAUAGUGAAGGUUUCUAUCAGCUAAGAUCAACACUGAUGUUGCAAGGGACCCACCAGACACAUAAGACCUUCCUGUGCGCAUGCCUAUUUUCCUUCCUCGGGAAUGAAACACGGAAUAUUUCAUCAGAAGAAAUAUUUGUUUCCUUCGACCUUGGAAAUUCAGCACUUUCAUCAGCCGUCGUGAAUACAUCAGAGCACCAGUCGACAUCUUUGGCUUCUCUAGAUUUCACAAGUCAAGCAAGCUCAGCUCCUGCUUCCACCACACAAGGAGCACUGAUUUCUACUGUGGAGACAAAAAGCUAUACUGGCACCACAGCAUUCAAUGAGAGUUUGACAACAGCGCAUUUGAAUGAUUCCACCACCGAAUCCCUGCAAAGCCUCAGGAAUGACACGGGCUCCUCUGAGAAUACAACCCUGGCGCAUCGUAACCUGUCCUUCAGCAUCACAGACCAGCCAACUUCAGUCGGGAAAGGUUUCUUUACUACCAGCAGUCUGCUCAAUAGUACUGGCGGUAUGAGGAACACCAAAGCCAGUCGCUUCCCCUGGCCAACAGUGGUAGCCGUCCUGCUCCUCUUCUGCAGUUUUCUAAUAGCUUUGGGCAUCAGGAAAUGGUGUCAGUACCAGAAAGAGAUUAUGAACAGACCUCCGUCUUUCAAGCCACCACCACCUCCCAUACAGUACACCUCCAUGGUGGAGUCUGAUGGGACCCCCCCAUCCUGCCACGAACUGGAAAACCUGUAA